AUAAAAGCAGAACCUUCAGGUGCUUGCACACUGCAGUCACAGCUCCCUUCUGACCCCUAAGUGCUGACGUCACUGAAGCCCAUGGCAGAAGCUGGCUGGACCAUGAAGUGGAUUCUGGGCUUGAGCCUCACCCUGUGCCUGGAAGUCCAGAUGGUCUUAGGGGCUUUGCACACCAACGAACCUCUUGUGGUCACCAAACAUGGGAUCCUACAAGGAAAGCAAACACACGUGGGAAACAUAACCAUCCAAGUCUUCCUCGGAGUCCCCUUCUCCAAACCUCCGGUGGGUGCCCGCAGGUUUGCUCCUCCGGAGCCCCCGCAACCCUGGAAUGGCAUCAGAGAUGCCACCACCUACCCACCUUCGUGCCUGCAGGAAACCUGGGGGCAGGUAACUUCCAUGUACUUAAGCACGCGGAAACAGUAUAAGUGGCUGCACUUCAGUGAGGACUGUCUCUACCUGAAUGUUUAUGCUCCAGUGCUCGCGCCUGGGGACCCUCUGCUGCCAGUAAUGGUUUGGUUCCCUGGAGGCGCCUUCCUCGUCGGCUCCGCUUCCACCUACGAAGGCUCAGAGUUGGCUGCCCGCGAGAAAGUGGUGCUGGUGUUUUUGCAGUACAGGCUGGGCAUCCUGGGCUUCCUCAGCACGGGCGACAGCCAAGCCCGCGGGAACUGGGGGCUGCUGGACCAGAUAGCGGCUUUGCACUGGGUUCAGGAGAACAUAGAGGCCUUUGGAGGAAACCCGGACAGUGUAACACUAUUUGGCCAGUCGGCAGGAGCUAUGAGCGUCUCGGGAAUGCUGAUGUCACCCCUUGCCCAAGGUCUAUUCCAUCGGGCCAUUUCCCAGAGUGGCACUGCGAUACUGAAAGCCUUCAUCACCCCUGAUCCAUUGUCGGUGGCCAAGAAGGUUGCUCACAUGGCUGGCUGCAACCACAACAACACAAGGAUCAUGGUAGAGUGCCUGAGGGCUCUAUCAGGGGAUGAGGUGAUGCAUGUUUCCAAGAGGAUGGCAUUCUUUCAUGCCAACCUCCAGAAAGAUCCAAAAGAUAUUGUAUGGUUCCUGAGCCCUGUGGUGGAUGGUGUGGUGUUCCCAGAGGACCCUGUGGUGCUCCUGACCCGCGGGCAGGUUACACCUGUGCCCUACCUUCUAGGUGUCAACAACGUGGAGUUCGAGUGGACCUUGCCUUUUCUCAUGAAGUUCCGGCUAACUCAGCGUGUAAUGAACAAAAAAUACUUCACCAAACUGCUCUGGAGUUCCAGCACCCUGCUGAACAUCACUAAGGAGCAGGUCCCUCUGGUGGUGAAGGAGUACUUGAAUGACACUGCUGAUAAACUUGACUGGAAGACAAUCCGAAACCACUUGAUAGACCUAGUUGGAGAUGCCACCUUCGUGUACUCCACACUUCAAGCUGCACGCUACCACCGGGAUGCUGGCUUCCCUGUCUACCUGUAUGAGUUCAAACACCAUGCUCCUUCACGCAUAAUUGUCAAACCUCGACAUGACGGGGCAGACCACGGAGACGAGCUUUCCUAUAUCUUCGGAAGCCCUUUCUCUAAAGGCUCAUCCAUUGGUGAGGAAAAGGAAUUCAGCCUCCGGAUGAUGAAAUACUGGGCCAACUUUGCCCGCACUGGGGACCCCAAUGACAGAAAGCUGCCCUACUGGCCACGCUUCGACAAAGAUGAAAAGUACCUGCAGUUGGAUUUCGAUACAAGCGUCGGUGUGAAGCUCAAAGAGAAAAGGAUGGCUUUCUGGAGAAGUCUGCACCAGCCUCAGAGAACCUUGAAGCAACAACCACACUGAAAGGGACCAAGCAAG